GCUCAACUCCCCCACCUGUCUCAGCGCACACUCCCAGAUCUAAAUGGAACAAAUCUCGCCAACAGCUACCGCGCGUGGAUCCUCCAAGUCUACUGCUACAGGCUCCUCGUUGGAGGCCGCAGGCAGCGUGACAAAACGACUGAGCCAAGAGUUGAUGAACCUUAUGUUGACCUCACCGCCGGGCAUUUCCGCGUUUCCGAAGUCCGAAGCGAACCUUUUUGAGUGGGCAGGCACUAUUGAGGGUGCAACGGGAACAAUCUAUUCUGGACUGACGUUCAAAAUCUCCAUUACGUUCCCACCCAAUUAUCCCUACGUUGCACCAACGAUCAAGUUUGACACACCCUGCUACCACCCUAACGUCGACAUUGUCGGAGGCGCAAUUUGUUUGGACAUUCUUCAGGACAAGUGGUCCGCAGUUUACAGUGUCCAGACUAUCUUGCUGUCUCUGCAGUCUCUUCUCGGUGAACCGAACAACGCGUCUCCCCUGAAUCCUGACGCUGCGAACCUCUGGGACAAGCCAGAUGAGUACAAGACUCAACUUAUGAAGCACUACCGCCCUAUCAGCGACGACGCAUGACACGCUUCUCACGUAGACAUCCCACACCUUGCAUUCCCAUCCAUAUUGCUCCUGGACUGUCGUCAUACUCAUAAGGAUUCUAUAGCCAUUGUUCACAUCGUCUUUGUAUCAUCAUCUGUAGCGCGUGUAUCCCGCAAUCCCAGGUUCCUU